CCGCCAAGGCGCGCCCCUCCUCCACCUCUUUCUGGUUUUAUCCUACUGCGCAGGCGCACCGAGUGAACCAAGAUGGCGGCUCCCGUGGAUCUGGAGUUAAAAAAGGCCUUCACAGAACUUCAAGCCAAAGUAAUUGACACUCAACAGAAGGUGAAGCUUGCAGACAUACAGAUUGAACAGCUAAACAGAACGAAAAAGCAUGCACAUCUUACAGAUACAGAGAUUAUGACUUUGGUAGAUGAGACUAACAUGUAUGAAGGUGUAGGAAGAAUGUUUAUUCUUCAGUCCAAGGAGGUAAUUCACAGUCAACUAUUAGAGAAACAGAAAAUAGCAGAGGAAAAAAUUAAAGAAUUAGAGCAGAAGAAAUCCUACCUAGAGCGGAGUGUGAAGGAAGCUGAAGACAACAUCCGGGAGAUGCUAAUGGCACGAAGGGCACAGUAGGAAAUCUCUAGCAGAAGCUUCCUGCCCCCUCCCAUUCCUGGCAAGGGCAGAGGGGCCCAUGUGGGGAAACAGCCUCUCUUCUACCCUGACGGACUUUUUAUUUGGAUGAUCUGGUAACCCUGUAUUUUCUACUUCACCCUGAUCCCCUUUCAGAUCCCAGCUCUGUAUUUUUUAUCCUGGCUCUGUCUGCCACCCCUACCCAGAACACUGUUCUCCCCCUAGGGGUGAAUCACCAACUCCCAGGAGAGGGAAAAUGGGAACCAGGACAGACAGGGGAGCUCUGUCCAAGCCUAUUACUCGUUACACUGCUUAGACCAAUAAAAGGCAUCUGUUCCCCCAGC